AUGUCCUCGCUGAAGGGGGCACCGAGCCUGAGUCGGCCCCCGACAAAGGGGUUCUCCUACGACGCCUUCGACGACGACUUUGACGACUACAUCGCUCCCGUAGAGAGUGAGGAGGAGGAGGAGCAUGCAAAGAAGGAGAAGCAUGUGAAGAAAAAAGACAAGGCGCGAAAGAAGUCGCGGAGCAAAAAGGCGGAGCACCAGACGACGUCCACCGGCCGUGGGGAGGAGGUGGGGACGACCGGGCGACGCGGCGACGCGGGCGUGCAGAGUGCACCAGCCCCCGCCGUUGGCCACGACUCCGCUGAUGACGCCGCGACGCAGUACUCGGAUGACUUUGAGGACGAUGACGCCAUCCCUGCCCCCGCCUCCCCGUCUGUGGAUAGAGCGGGCGAGCUGCAGCGAGCCCGGAAGGGGGAGCAGGAGGAGGAGGAACGACUAGAGCGCAUCGCGGAGGAAAAGAUGCGGGAGGCGCGCGAGUCCCAUGAGAGACAAGUGCGGCAGUGGCAGCUAGAACAGGAGAGGGCGGCGCGGGCCAUGCAGCAGCAACAAGAAGAGCUUCGUGCGCAGAUGGAAGAGUUGAAGCGGCUGCAGGAGCAGAAGACAAGCGAGGCGGAACAGGGGGUGAAGCCGACUUCGACGACUACGGCCCCGGCGGGUGAUGACAAAAACGACAACUUCAGCACUGCCGCGGCGGAACGACAGCAGUUUACAGAGCAGCAGCGCCGUCGACUCCGUGAAAGGGAGCGUGCGGUGCAUCUGCGGCGACUAGAACAGGAGGAGGCUGCGAGAACUUUGUUUCAACGUCUUGCGCAGGACGUUCGCGAGGUGUUUCACGAGCUAAACCUUUCUGUUGUGGCCUCAGAGAAGGAGCGGCUCAUUAAAGACGAGCGUUACCGCAAAGAACGGGAGGCCAAGGACCGCCGAGACGAGCUGGAGCUGCAGGAGCGAAUGCAGAAGGAGGCCAAAGAACGCGAGGAGCGCGAGGCGAAGUUUUGGGGCGCCCUUGAGACCCGUGAGACCCGUUUUCGUGAAUUCCUGGAGGCCAAGACGCUGAAGGAUGAGGCGGAGCGUGAGGCGCGCUGGAAGCGUGAUCUCGAGGACCGUGAGGCGCGUCUGCGGAGUGACAAGGACGUGCGCAGUGAGCUUGACCGCAUGGACAAGGAGCGCCGCGAUCGUGAGGACAAAAACACUCGCGAGCGGGACCGCGCGCUCAUUCAGAAUCUACUGGAUGAUGUGAAGCGGCAGUAUGAAACUCAGAUGGAGGAGGCGCGGCGCCAGUCCGAGCUUGACCGCGCACAUGCGGAGGAAAUGCACCGCAUGGAGCUCGCCGCCAUAGAAAAGCGCCAUGCGGAAGCAGCAGGACAGAGUGAUAGACUCCACAUGCAGCAAAUUCAAAUGCUAGAGUCGCACACAGGAAAUGCUGCGAGGCUGGAAAAAAUUAUUGAGCAGAUGCAUUCUGACAUGGAGGCCACGAAAAAGAUGAAUGCGACGCUCACCGAGGAACGGCUAACGGCGUUGCGACAGAAGGAGCAGUUAAUCGAUGAGCAAAAAUCCCUUGUGGAAACGGUUGUAGAGGAACUCAAGUAUACAAAGCAGGAGCUGGAAAAGGAACGCGCUCGAGUUGCCUCCUUGUACGCCAAGUUUGAUAUCUCGCUCUCCAACUUCACCAAGGAGGCUGCCGAGGAACGACGACGGUGCCAGGAAGCUCAGUCGCACUAUGAAACGCUACGGCAGCAAUUGGAGAAGGAUCGAAAAAUGAUGCUCUACGAGGUUUCCCAGGAGCGAAAGGCCUUUGAGCAGCAGUACGAGGAAUUUAUGGCGAAGAAGCUGCAGGCCAUGUCUGAGCUCCAAGAGGAAAGAAUGGCAAUUGCCCGAGAGCGCACGGAGGCUGCCAUGUUGCGGGAGCGCCACAACACGGAUGAGAUGGAGGUGCUUAAAUCCUUGCGUGCGCAGGAGGAGGCCUACGCGGCAAAGGUUGAGACCAUCGAUGAGGACCGCUUGGCUGUCAAGGCGAUGCGGUGUGAGCAAAAGCGCCUUUUAGACGAGGCCUCAGCCGAGCGCGAGGCACUUCGAAAAGAACGUGAGGCCUUUGAGUCGGAUAAAAAUGAACUUUUGCGUCGCUUCGAGGAGUUGCAAUUCCGUGCGGCCGAAGCGGGCGCCACACAUGACCGCCUUCGACGGGAGGUGGAGCUGAAUAGCACCGCAAAGGCGAAGCCGAAGGCGGCGGCCGCGGCGGGAUGGGCCCCCACGCAGGCAGAUUCUGCACCUGCGGUGGGUGCGGUCUCGCGGCUGCAGAUUGAUCUCUCGCGACAGCGUGCUAUAUUGAAGCGCAUCUCCCAACCGUAA